ACCUACCUACCUAAUGUUUCGACAGAAGCGGAACUCAAAUUAUCAUCAUCAUUACUAAGACAGUAAGUAAACAGGUAGCUGGCGACGCAGUGUGCGCCGGAGUCGACGCCGCACUACGCAAACAUCAUCAACGUAUAAUUCGCACGAUAAAGCCAGCCUUAUAAACGAUACCACGCUUUACGCGCGCACAAACAAACUGUCUUCACUGAAAGGUGCUUACCGUUUGACAAGGCCUGACUGACGUGAUUAAUUAUUUCAUUAGCAGACAACAAAAUUGUGCAUAUAGACUUACGUAAAGUGUGUUUGCAGAUUCAGUGCACGGACAUCCAUCAUGUUUGGGAGUUCCAGAGACGUGUCUCCGGAGGAGCGAAAUUCACUCAGUAAACUGGCGUGCGGAUGCGGCGCCUGCGGGGCGCGCGAGGCGGCGCGCGGCGACGAGGCGUGGCGCGUGCUGGCGGCGGAGGCGCUGGGCACGGCGCUGCUGGUGGCGCUGAGCUGCCUGCCCGCCUGCGCGCCCGCGCCGCCGCUGCAGCGCGCGCUGGCCGCCGGGCUCGUGGUCACCGUGCUCGUGCAGUGCUUCGACCACGUCUCGGGCGCGAUGUUCAACCCGACGGUGACGCUGGCGGCGGCGCUGCGCGGACGCGUGGCGGGGGUGCGCGCGGCGAGCAUGCUGGGCGCGCAGCUGGCGGGCGCGGCGGCGGGCGCGGGGCUGCUGCGGCUGCUGGCGCCCUCCGCGCCCGGGGCCUGUGCGCUCUGCCUCACGCUGCCCGCUGACCACGUGUCCGUCUAUAAGGCGGCGGCGAUAGAAGCCGUGCUGGGCGGCUGCCUGGCGCUGGCCAACUGCGCGUCGUGGGACGCGCGCAACCGGCUGCUCACCGACUCGUGGCCCGCGCGCAUCGGGCUCAUCGUGGCCGGGCUCACGCUGGUCGCGGGCGAGCUGACCGGCGCCAGCAUGAACCCGGCGCGCAGCUUCGGGCCCGCGCUGUGGGCCAUGAACUUCGACAGACACUGGGUGUACUGGCUGGGCCCGCUGAGCGGCUCGGCGCUGUGCUCGGCGCUGUACGCGUGGGCCUGGCCCGCGCCGCCGCACGCGCCCGCGCGCGCCGACCCCUGCUGCCCGCGCGCCCCCUGCGCCCCGGGGCCCACCUGUGCCCCCCUGUGAGCCCCGCCUGCCCCGCGCCCGCAGCCGAGCGGCGGCCCGUCUGACUCGCGCGAGCCGCGGCAGGGGACACAAGUGACCAGGGAGUCUUUUACUGCCGACCUCUGAUUGGAAAUCGCUAGUGAUGUGAUGAAUUUAUCGAGACUAGUAAACUUGUGUGCGUGUAGGUUGUGAUUAGAUGUAGUAGUCGGUUCGCUCUGUAUCUACGACGCCGCCGGUGUUUCGCUUGAGUAGAUUACUGUAGUCAGCCCGAUACAGUUUAGUAUUUUGUGGUUUGGUGGAGGCCUCACCUCACACACGAAACAUUAACGAAUCGCCAAAAUUCACAUUAUUAAAGGAGCAUAUUGAAAUCAGGCCCACAUUUGGCAGGCAAACAUGUGUGCCUGAACAGACUACUUAUUACCUACCAAUUAAUAAAAGACAAGAAUCCAUUACUAACUUAAUCUCUACCAGCGUUGUUUUUUACUACUCCCUAUCUGAAGAUUUUACAUGAGAGCUUAUCAGCUUAUAUUUGUUAUAUUUUACAAUCAAAAUUUAUUACCGGUCAAAACCUUUUUUGCCUGAUUUUUGCAGUCAAAAGUGGUUUAACCGGUAAUGAGUUUUAUUUUUUUGUUAGGUACACCAAUGAUAGAAUAAGUUGGAGUCAAUAUCACUUGACUGAUUUGUCCAGUCAAAAGUGGUUUUGACCGAUUA